UUUCAUUUUUAGUACAGCGCUGCAGUUUGAGUAUACAGUGGAGAAGGCGAAGGGACCGACUCAAUGCUAGUAGCAACCUCCUGAUAGACGUAUUUAUACAGAUUUUUGUUUUUUUUUUAAAGAAAGAAAAUACAUCUCAUAUUUAUUUUCCAAGCGGAUUUCAAAUUUUUCUCCUUCAAGCAUUUAUUGAAUUGCACCGGCCUGUCUAAAACUGGGUGUUUAUUGAGUGUUACGAGGACGGCGGUGAGUUGUAAUAGGGAUCCCCGAUGGCAGGCUGGAAGGACCGCUCGGUGCAGGAGAAGUAUCGGCUGGUUGUGGUAGGAGGCGGUGGCGUCGGGAAAUCAGCUCUUACUAUCCAAUUCAUCCAGUCUUACUUCGUCACAGAUUAUGACCCGACAAUUGAAGAUUCCUACACAAAACAGUGUGUGAUAGAUGAGAGGGCAGCACGGCUGGACAUCCUAGACACAGCCGGACAGGAAGAGUUUGGGGCCAUGCGAGAACAAUACAUGAGGACAGGGGAGGGUUUCCUUUUGGUUUUCUCUGUCACCGAUAGAGGAAGUUUUGAAGAAAUCUACAAAUUCCAAAGGCAGAUCCUCCGAGUAAAAGACCGUGAUGAGUUUCCCAUGAUCCUCGUUGGUAACAAGGCAGACCUGGAGCACCAGAGACAGGUGACGCAAGAAGAGGGGCAACAGCUAGCAAGGCAACUAAAAGUAACCUACAUGGAAGCCUCUGCAAAAAUCCGAAUGAACGUAGACCAAGCUUUUCAUGAACUGGUUAGAGUUAUAAGAAAGUUUCAGGAGCAAGAAUGCCCGCCCUCUCCAGAACCAACACGCAAAGAAAAGGACAAGAGUGGCUGCCACUGUGUGAUCUUCUGAGGGAUCCUUUCACUUUCAUCUGCAACCAGCUGCUGCCACCAGUCCCUACUCCUGCCUUCUGACAUCACAUCAUGGUUCAAUCAGUACUGCCUUCAAUAGCUGUAUGACUUGUAAGAACGGUCACUGUGAUAGCCUCAGUCCAACAAGCUGGCUCUGUGAAGUCCCAAAGCAAGACUGAGGCAACUGAAAAACAACAACACACAAACGAAACUAAACACUAAGGCUGCUUGUUAAAUUGCCACAUGAUGACAUUUGUACUUUCAACCGAAACAAGGAAACAAACAACACCACCCAUAAUAAUAAUCCGGAAUGUAUAAGUAAAGUAAUCCGGAAUGUAUAAGUAAAGUUUGUUUUUAGCUACUGGUAAUUUUGUCUUAUCGAGUGAGGUGUUUUAAUCACGCUUUCACGUCUUGUAUGUCGUGCCAUUUUCAGUUUUACUUUAAUGUGCUAAUCAGCUACUGUACAUACUGAAAUUCAUCACGAUUGGAAUAAUAUUUCUAAUCAAUUCAAUAUUUAAGUACAGAGAGUGAUGACAAGGUUGGUUGUUGUGCCAGGAUGAAAAAAAAAUAUUGAAGCCAAAAAAAUGGCAACAUUAAUUGUUGGCCCGAUUUUGUCAAUGUUUUUCAUUUUAAUUUAAUUUUGUAUUUCUUUUUAUAAUGUUGCCAUUUUGUUCCAGUGGCCAUAUCCAGUCAGUCUACUGUAUUGUAUCAAGGACAAUCGGACUGGCGUUCUUUUGACCUAACAAUAUAUUGUCAUGUCAAGUGAAGCUUGGUACCUUGGUAAAGUUGGACCUUUUGAACUUGCUGGGCCUCCAGGGUCUUAACUGACUGUAGCCAGUAGUACAAGUUUAAGAAUGUAAUGAUAAUGCAACACUGUUGUAACCAUGUGCUUAUAACCAAUGUUCACCAAAGCUGACACUGUAACUCUGUAAUGACCCAUCCUGAAAUUUGAUUCAACCUAACCUGGCCUGGAAGUCCAAUCCAUCUAGAUAUUAGGGGUGAUCCUCCUGAUUGCUGGUUGGAGGUUGAACUCUCCAACCCAGAGAACUCUGCUGGGACAGGCCAUUCACUGAUUUCCUGGGUGGAGGCAUGUUUUAAAUUCACAGUUUUAUUGUUCAAGAGGGUUCACAUCACUAUUAAGAUAUUUCAAAGUCUGUUUUGUCUUUCUUUUGAUGUGAGUAUUUCCGAAUAAGGGAUACAAAGAAACAAAAUGUUAGUUUUUGUUUUAUCUUCAUGUAAUAUAAAAAAAAAGAUGGAACUAAUCCUUCAAUUGUUGGAGAAGAUUAAAUGUUUUUUGCUAUA